AUGCACCUAACCUCUGCGCUGCUCGUUGGUGCUUGGGCUCUCGAAGCCUCAGCAUUCCUCGUCCCCCUCGAAAUCUCCAAGGCAGCCCAGCAGGCCAAAUCCGAACUCGCCGCUCUCCUAGCAAAACCAGCUCAUGCCGUUGACCUCGACUGUCCGGGCUGUCCUUUCUUUGGUGUUGACGAUACGACAGCGCUUCAAUAUGACGUCGAGAACAGGAUACAUCUUGAACUGGAGGUUGAUUCCGACCAAACAUUGACCGUCAACGGCUUCCCCGUCAUGCCCAAAGAUGCCGCCACUCCAUUUGAUCCGGUCAUGGCUCCUCAGAUAAGAGUGGAAGAUGGAGAACAAACAGCCCCGAUCCAGCUUGACUACGCAUAUGAGAGACUGCCACCAGUGGCGUCCGCAGACGAACCCGACAUGUCCAUCCUUCCCGUCAGACUGACAAUCUUGGGUCUGCAAGGUCAGCCAGUAAAGGUCGACACUCUCGAAAUCGACCUGGUCCAAUCGCCAGACCAGACCUCGAUUGCACGCGUCUCCGCCAUUCCAUUCGAGGAGACUCCAGGUGCCACCACCUGUGACACGUCUCCCAGAUGGUCCCUCUGCCGACUGAGAGCGAUUAUUGCCGCACGCCUGCAGACCAUCAUGGAGUCUGCCAAGGCACAUGCCCAUGCUGCUAAAGGUUGGGUCGGACGCAAAGGCUGCAAGGGAAAGAAGUUCGGAGAGAAAGGCAUGAAUCAUGGAGAGGCACACGGACACGGACACGGACACGGCCACCAUAUGGGCGGACAUCACCACAGCCUUCACCACUUCGGACUCAUGCUUCAUCAAACUCUGCGCUUCUUCAUCAUCCCGGCCCUUCUUGGCGUUAUUGGUGGUCUUAUGGCCAGUGCCAUCGGCAUGCUUCUAGGUCAAUUGAUCUCUUUCCUCUGGAUCAAAUACCGCCGCAACAGCCAACCCCGCCACAGAGACGUUCGCGUGGUUGAGAUUGUUGUCGACGAGGAAGAAAAGGAUGCCUUGUUGAUUGACAGUGAACUCCCUCCUCCACCACAGUACGAGGAUGUGGAGGCCAACAACGGUGAGGUCAUCAAUGAUGAGAAGAACUGA